AUGCGCAUCAAUGGGGACUUCCAAUUCGAUUUCAUCAGCCGCCACUUCGCUUUGACCGGCACGCCUCUGCUGAUCCUCGGACACCUGGCCAUAGACUAUCCCCAUGUAUUGCCUUCCCCAGCCCAAGACCAACAUUACAUAGGCCCUAGUUCCAACCCAGCAAACCAGGCCACGAUCUCUUAUUCCCCAUGGUCAUCCGCACCAUUCCAACCACCCAUCUCUAAACCCGUCAAGUCGGGUGGUGGACCCAUUAUAGUUCCUUAG